UGCUGCACCAUGCUGACUGCCCCAGCAGAUAGCUCUGGUGACUCCCAGGAGCAGCCGCUGGAAGUGAGCCAGAGCCAUAGCAGCUCUGGUUUGCACUACUCGGAAGAUACCUUUGAGUCCUUCAGUGAGGAGGAGGAAGCCCACUGGCAGGGAGAGAGCAACCCACCUGAAUCCUGUUGUUGCACAGAGGAUGUGGAGGGCUCUGCUGUGUCAGGUAUGUUGGAAAGCAUUGCGGUUGCAGGCCAGAACCAUGCAGAUGAGCAGCCUGAAGUAGCAGAUUCUGCAGCUGCAGAAAGAGAUCUCCUGGUACACUGGAUUGGUCUAAUAAGUAAAGAAUCUGGCAUUAAGCAAGACAGAUCGGUCAUCAAAACUCAUGCUGUGAUUAACAUGUUUGUUGAUUUAUACCUGACAGAAAAGAGUGAGCUAUUAGAUGGAGAAUUGGAUGCUCUCAGGUCCUUUUGCACCAUGAAGAUAAGCAGGAUACACCAGCAGCUGAUCUCCAAGCAGGCAAAUGGUGGCAAGUCAAGAAAGCUGCAGCAGGGAUUGACAGCAAAGAAACCAGAGACAAGUGACUUGAGCUGCAUUGUUCCUGAUGGGCUGAUGAACAGAAUCCGCCUGAAAAAUAUCAGGGAGACUGUUAAACAGGUGGCAGAAGCUCAGAUCCAUGAACCCUCGAUGUGCCCUGCGUGUCAGGAGAAGGAGGCAGAGCUAGCCAAGAUCACCUUCCACAGAAGAAAGAAGGUUCUGAUGGAAAAUGCUUUAAUCCAAGAGAAACUGGACGAACAGAUUUACUCCAGAGAUGCACUUACACUUCUAGGGGAAGCACUCGGAAGCAUACCCAAACCUUCAGAGGAUCCCAGGAGCCUAAGGCAAAGGCUGAAAG